UGGCGGAAGAGCUGAUUCGCUGUAUACACUGAAAAACCUUCAAAAUAUCCUUCAAACUCCAGUAGAUUCUUUUAUUUACGGCUGAAAGGAUCCUGUAACUGUUCGUCUACUUUGAAACGAUAAUGGCCAUCGUGAGCAGCUUCCCAGAGCGCAUCAACGUCAUCUUAGCACUGUUAUUGUUCGUUUGUGUCGGGAAUUUUGUCAACUGUAGUUUCUACGAUGACGAACAACAACUUGAGAAAUACACAGAAGCUGUGUUGAAUAUAACCUUUUGCGGCAGACACGGUGAUAAAUGUAAGAUAAAGCCAUUUGAUGGAAAGGGAAAAUUUGGAAGUCACAGUCCUAAACGCCACGAGAAGGGAUGGCUGUAUUCUCUAAAAGAAAAUAAUGUUAAUGGUUGUAACGUAUUUGACGUCGUUGUGGAAAGAAAGCCUUGGAUUGCGCUCAUCGAAAGAGGAGCGUGCAAUUUUAGGGACAAGAUUAUAAAUGCUCGCAAUCACAACGCUACAGCAGUUGUUAUUUACGACAGCUCAGAUAGAGACGAGGUGAUCCAAAUGUCACACGUUGGGGCAGACAAGAUUGUUGCUGUCAGUAUAAAGAGGGCUCUUGGAGUCGAGCUGGCCGAUGCUCUUGUGAACAGAACCAAUGCUGUGUAUGUAGAGAUUGCUGUGGGUGAAACGAUUUCACAGAAGAAAUGGCAAGUGAAUCCGACAUCUGUUCUCUUCGUCUCGGUGUCGUUUAUUGUUUUAAUGGUGAUUUCGCUUGCGUGGUUGGUGUUUUAUUAUGUCCAAAGGUUUCGUUAUGUCCAUGCACGGGACAAAACCGAGAAACGCUUAACUUGUGCUGCCAAGAAGGCUAUUGCUAAACUUCCAACGCGCACUGUCAGCAAAAAGACUGAAGAUGAUGAGUCUGAUAACUGUGCUGUGUGCUUGGAUGGUUACAAAGCUGGUGAUGUCGUUCGUAUUCUGCCUUGCCAGCAUGAGUUUCAUAAGAUGUGUAUCGACCCAUGGUUGGUUGAACAUAGGACUUGUCCAAUGUGUAAACUCAACAUCUUAAAGGAACUGGGGCUGCCCAGUGUUGAAGGAAGUCGCACCCUAGCUGUAGAAGUUGGUACAUCAGAACUUCCUGAUGAGGACCAUCGUACUGCUGCUGACAACCGCGGUGUGGUCAUGAAUGAAAUUGAACCUUCUGUUAGCGAGAGGAGGUCCAGUUGUGAUGGUUCAGAAAGCUCCAGUGUUUCUGAAUCUGGUCGUGUUCUUCGUGUCAGUGCAGAGGUGAACUGGGAAAGAGAUUCAUCAAGUUCAACUUCAAACUUGGUUGAAAUUACCAAUCUCAGGGCUUAAUAAAUUGGUUAUUGUCUCCUAGAAUUAUUGAAGAUUGCAUACUUCAGGGGUGCAUGUAUAUAUUGCAAGUAUAUUAUGUGACCCCAUCAGGUCAAAAGAGUGGUUUUGUGUGAUAAAGAAAAGUUUCCUUUGACUGCUUGUAAAUCAGACGUCCUUAAGGGUACUACUGUUUGGGAUGAAGAUCAUUGCUCCAACUUCUUGCAAUCAGGAAUAAUCAAAAUUGUAUCAACAGAGGAAGCUUUUCUUUUCUUUCCAUCUCUAAAUGAAUUGUUAAGGCAGCUUGGUUGCUGACAUUAUUUUUUCUUAGACUCAAUCCAAAAUUUUUUUUAUUGUAAUUUGUUCUGCUUGCUUUUGCUUCCUUUGUUUUUGUAGUAGGUAUUAGAAGUGAUCGUAAUUGUUUUUUUUUUUAUUAUUUACAAGACACCAGAUGAUGCAGGUAGUUGCUUCGUCGUAACAGAGAUUCUUUUUUUCACAUCAGAUUGUUUGUGUCACAAUAACUAUUGUUAGUCAUAAAUGGGUGGUCUCAUUGUUUGUAUGUAACUCCAGAAAGCAUGUUACAAAAAAAGAAAGGGCAGUGGUUGUUUCCUGUGAAUUGCACAAAAACCUUCUAUUAUGUAGUUAUUUUUAUCGAUCAGUAGCGACAGAAAAACUGUUAUUACCAUUAUAAUUGUUUUUAGUAUAAUUACUUUUGUCGUUGAUUUAAUCAGAGUGCUUUUGCUCUGAUGAGUGACCAUCAGAGUAUUUUUCCUCACAAUGUCAGUAGAAUAUCAAGCAGGAAAGUGACAAGAAGAACACUGAUUGUCGAGUAGGGGACAUUGUUUUAUUGAAUGCCAGUUUUUCAGAGCAACAAUGAAAAGAAAUGUUUGGGCAACUGUGUGGAAAAUUACUACUUAGAUCUAAUGAGGGAAAGGGAUAGCUUUAAUAGCGAGGGAGGGACAGCAAUUAUUGGUUACAAGCAUUACAAUGGCCAAUUUAACCUAAGGAAUGUCAACAGCUCAGAAACUGUUUUUUUUUUUUUGUUUGUUAGGAUUAUUUUUCUGGACACAGUUUUGAAAAAGGUGAUGCUAAAAUAGGGGAAUGUCAAGACUAACAUUAUUUUACUAACUAAAAGUGAAAACUACCAACAUGAAAAAAUUUAUGUAGAAGGAGAAAGAUUUUUACUUUCUUUCUUAAUCAAGAAAACAGUGAUGGUGGAAAUGUACUUUUUUGUUGGAAAUGUAUGUUAAAAUUUAUUAUAGGAAUGCUUAUGGUUGAUUAAUUUAUUUACUGUAAAUUAUGUCUAGUGAUAGUAAGUAAUUUUGUGAUAACCUACUGUUAAGUUGGACUCUGUGUGAGAUUUUGUGACAAGUUGUUUUCAAAGGCAUUAAUUCCCUGCAGUGUUGGUCCAAACACUGUUGACUAGAAGAACUUAAAAUAAUUAUGUCAUGCAGCUUUUCAUGUUUUAUACCAUGGCUGAUCAUUCGCUUGAUACAAUACUUAGAUAACUACCAUUUUUACAGAGCUUUAAAGUUCCAAAUUAAACCUUUAUGCCCUGACAAACCUUCAAAUUUCAUUAAAGGUUUUUUAUUCUAUUUUAAUAGUGCUAAUUUUGUUGAUAUGGUAAUUGUCUUAAUUUGAGAAAAAUGUAAUCUCAUGUGCUUUCUUUGUGAGUUAGGUAUUUGUAGACUAUUUUUAUGUUGGUAUUGUCAGGGCAUGAACCCUUUAACUCUCAAGAUCCGAUGGUUAAUUCUCCUUACUAGCUACUACACAUUUUCUUGUAAAUUAGUUACG